AUGACAGAAACCAAACAAACAUUUUAUGGAUGUGGACAAGGUUUUUGGUCGACAUUGUCUGCCCUUCCAUGGACAAAGGAUAUACAACCAGAUCAAUCAACCUUUUCAAAAAUUGAUUUUCUAGAAUAUUAUUCCUUCCAUGAUCCGAUCAUACAAUUUGAAAUAACUUCCACCUACUCGUAUGAAUUUUGUUGUUUCCUAACAAAAAGUGGUAAGGUGUACACUCUCGGAACACGAAAUGAUUGUGGAUGGCUGGGUGUAGGAGAUUUAGACUCACGACAAAUUCCCACCCCAAUAGAAUUUGAGGAUUUAAAUAAUGAUGAUCAGAUUGUACAGAUUAGACUCGGAGAGAAACAUGCCUUAUUCUUGUCCAGGUUGGGAAGAGUUUUUUCAUGUGGAAGUAAUAGUACAGGUCAAUUGGGUAAUCCUUUGAGAAAGGAAUGCAACAAACCUGUGGAAAUAUUACAGAGCUUGUUUGAUUCACCAAUUAGAAAGAUUUUCACAGGCCCUUCCCAAUCCUUUUUUGUUUCUGAAAAGACAACCGUUUAUGCAUGUGGAAAUAAUAAUAUUGAACAAUGUUUCCUCAUUGAUGACGGUGAUUUUAAGAUGACUUUUCAAGUCAAUACACCAACAAGCAUUUUCUGUAAUUUAUGUCUACACACUUCUAGAUCCUUUCCAAUAGCAGAUGAUAUUGUUGGAGGAGAAACUCGAAGUGUUUUUCUAGAAAAAGGACAAAAGGCCACCUUUUCGAAUUCAGAUUAUAUGAUAGUUGAAUAUGCCAAUAAUAGACCUCAACAUGAUCCAUGUUAUGUAAAACCAGCAGCUCAAUUGGUUGCAGAGGGUGUCAAAAAGAUAGUUCUGGGAAAGUCAAAUAUCAUUUCUCUUCAUUCGAAUGGAGAAUGCUUUGUGAGUGGAGCUGGAACCUUAUUGGGUAUUGGAACACGUGAGCAGGUUUACCCAUUUGAGAAAAUUCCUCUCAAUGAUGAAUAUAUUGAUGAUGUUUGGAGUGGGCCCUAUCAUGUGAUUUUAAAAACAUCUAGCAGAAAAUUAUAUGCAUUUGGCUCUAAUCGAUUUGGAGAGCUUGGUAAGAACUCAAAGACUGUCUCAUUUAGGGAGCCACAACUUAUCAAUCUACCUUUUGAAUGGAAGGAAGGAGAGGAUGUGAGAGUAAUAUGUGGCAAUAAUAGUACUCUUGUAAUGCAUGAAACUCCAUUACUAUCCACUCAAGAAUUAAUUGCAACCAAUACCGUAAUGCUUAUCGAUGAAUUGAGAGACUGUAGUCAAUUCUUCCAUGUAGAAAAUUCAAAGAUUCAUGUCUUUUUACCUUUAAUCAAAAGGAUAUCCAAAGAUUUGCAUUCGUUACUUAUCAAUAGAGAGUUUACUGAGAGGCUUAAAGCUGAAGAAGGCGAAAUUUUAUUUAGAAUUUGUAAAUUUAUCAGUUGUGAGCUAUCUUUGGCGACUGAGGAAGAAUUCACCAACAAUUUUCAAUCAAAUGAGGCAACAUCCAAUACAACAAAAGAGGAAGAAUCAUACUCUGACAGAUUAUUCAUUUAUUUCGAUAGAUUCUUAUCCAAAUUAUCUGAAGAAAAUAUUGAAAAGGAUUUAGUCACUUGUUUAUUUAUACUUAAUGACAUUUCAGAUGUUGGAAUUUAUUUCAAGACAUUUUUAUUCAAUGAGUUAGCAAACAGAAUAACUGUUGAGAAUGUAAUGGAUAUUCUUACAUGGACCUCCAAUUAUCUAUCAUGGAAAGUUUUAAAAAAUUCAGAAACUAGUAUCUUGCUCCUACUUGUCAAGAAAUGUUUUGCUUUUAUUAAGGCCAACUAUAAUGAAUGUCACAAUAGGUAUGGAUCAUUGGAUUCCUUUUUGAAAAUCAAACCAAAAAUAGAUCAAACUAAAAAGACAUUCUUUGCUGUUCAGGUUCAAUGGAAGGAAGACAAUAUCUUAAUGAAUUUGGAACAAUCUUUGGUCACCUUAAUAGAAGAUACAUCUAGUGAUUUGAAGGUAAUUAUUGAUUCCAACUCUGAGCAAGUUAUGAAUCUUCACAAAUGUGUCCUAGCUGUGAACAGCCCAGUUCUUUCAACAAUGAUAUCCAAUCUAUCAGAAGAUUCCACCAUUAAUUUGCUCGAGUUUAUUUUAAUGAUGUCAGACAAUUUGAAUGAGAUGUUUUUCGAGCAUUGCAAAAAAUCUAGAUGUGAAAUUCUAAGAAUUGUCUUGGAAAUGUGUUAUGGUAAAUUUGAAGAGUAUGACCUAAAUGAAUGGAUUUGUAUUCUCUUCAUUUCUCAUCAAUUCCAAAUGGAGUUUAUUGUAAAACAUUGUUGUACCGAGCUGAUCAAGCAUUUAUCUGUUGGAAACAAGAGUAAUAUUCAUUUAUUCUUUUAUCUUGCUACGGUACUGGAAGUUGAUUCAUUGUGCAAGGACUUUGUGGAAACAUUUGUAAUUCACUGUGCAAGAUUGUUCACACCAGAGGAUUUACAAAAUAUUCUCAAAAUGUAUAGCGAAGAAAGAUUUACUCCAACCUUUGUAAAAAGAGUCAGAUUAUUGCAAGAUUUAAUUUAUAAAAAGCAUGUUGAAAAGUAA